CCCGCCAAAGAAACCUCUUUACUCUCUUCCUCGGAAAUUCUCAACGCGUCGUUUGCUUCUCUCUUGCGUCAUCUGUGAUUCGUUCGACGGGAAAUUGCGAUUCAACAUCAGAAUUUUGGAGCCAUUGUUUUGAAUAAUGAAGAGACAUCGGAGUAACAACAAGUAACGAAAGCUGCAGCAAGGUUGAGAUUUUAACGAUGAUCUGUGUUUCGUUACGAAAUCGAAUUCAUAAUUGGCUUCGCGACUAUGUUAGGCUCCAAUCUGUCGUUGUGAUUCUUAUUUACGCUCAGAUUGGGUGCGCGUUGAUCGGUUCACUAGGGGCAUUGUACAAUGGAGUCUUGCUAAUAAAUUUGGCGAUUGCGUUAUUUGGGUUAGUGGCAAUCGAGAGUAAUAGCCAGAAGCUUGGCAGAACCUAUGCGGUUCUUCUCUUCUGCGGCAUUCUUCUUGAUGUCUCAUGGUUCAUUCUCUUCUCCAAGGAGAUUUGGAACCUUUCUUCUGAGAUGUAUAAAGCCUUUUACAUCUUCUCUGUGAAACUCACUAUGGCUAUGGAAAUUGCUGGGUUUGUUGUGAGGAUAUCGUCUUCUCUGUUAUGGUUUCAGAUUUAUAGGCUGGGAGCUUCUAUUAUAGACACUUCAUUUCCUCGUCAAUCAGAUUCAGAUUUACGAAAUAGCUUCUUAGAACCUCCUCUUUUCGCUAGGCAACGUUCACGUGAUCCAGAAUCACGAAAUAGCUUCUUAGAGCCUCCUCCUAUACCUAAGCCACGUUCACGUUCUGAUGAUUUCUUGGGAGAUUCUGCUGACGAACCAGCCUUGUACACUCCUCUGCUUGAUGGCUGCCAAAGCAAUAUCACUACGCCCAGUGUCACACAGCCACAGGUGGUUAAAUAUCAUUCAGCUGGAGACAUUCACAAAGGAUCCCCAUCAUCAGCUGCAGAAGCCUCUCGAAAUAAGUCUCCUUUCUCCAGAUCCUUGGAGGCACUUGAUUCAAGUCUCCGUUGAUACUACAUCUAUCGACUGUGGCCGCAUUUGCGCUUCUUAGCUUCUCAGAUUUGCCUGGUAGUUUCCAAUUCGCAGGAAGAUAGCUUUUGGCUAGAGGAACUUCACUGAACAAUCUAAAGUCCAUAUAUACUUGAAGAAUGCAGAUCGGAAUUUUACAUAGUGGGUGACACAAGAACCAUUUGCCUUAAAUCAUCACUGAUUUUACUCAAAACUGUAUAGAUUUGGUGUGACAUAUGGACUUAGGAAUGUACAUAUCAGCAUUCUUUUCUGUAAAUGAAAAAUACAUUCUUUUGAGGUGAAUUGGAGAUUUAGUAUAAAGAUCUUCGUUUCUUUUGAU